AAAUGGCGCGCGCUCUGCGAUUGGGAGAAAGAAAGAGGACUACUUGUUCGCAACCACUACCCCCGACGAUAACCAAGUGAAAAUCCACACUCCAAACUCACCUUUUCUAUCUUUCAGCUCUAUACGCAAAAUCCUUCUGAGAUAACCCACUUCAGCUAAUCCUCGCUCCACCUUUCCCCCAAUUUCAGAACGCAAUUUCAUUACUUCUUAUCAAAAUUUGCUUUCAGAACACACCUUCAUAGUUUCUGUGAAUUGCAGAAGCAGUUGAGGGUACAUAGUAGCAUGAUAUGUGUGUUUGAUGUCUUUUGUUGUUACUUUCAUUGACUUAUAUUUUGGUUCUUGAGGAGGGUUUGACGUGCCCUCCAAGCUCGUUUAUCAUUCUGGUCAAAAUUAGGGUUUUUUUUGUGAUUUUUUGCUGGUUAUAUCCUCUUUGGUAAUUGGAACCUAGAAAUGGAGCCUCCUUCUGCAAGUAUUUUAUCUUCAAAUAGCAGUAGAAGUGGUUUAAGGUUCAGGUUACGCGAAAUAAUUCGGGCACCACUGUUGGCUUUUUUGGAGCAUUCGGGCGUUUUGCACACCCGGUCACAAUCAAUUUCCAGUUCUGAUCUCGAGAUGCAGCAUGAAAAUGCAAUUGAGGAUGGGUUGGUCCAGUAUCGCGACCGCGGUGGUGUAGUUAACGGAGCGGAGGAAGUUUCUAUUAGGAUUAUGGGUGCCGUGGAGGAAGAGUUGCCGCCUAAUGUGGUGGUGGAUGGUGGUGGGACCGUUGGUAAUGGUGAGGAACAAAUAGAUAACUUUAGUGGGAGAAGAGCAGAAGAGUUAAGGAGUGGGGUUGGUGUUAAUGGAGUUGAUGGCCAGAUCCCUUCACCUUCUGCAACUAAUAAUCGAUAUGAUAUUCAAAAUGUGGCACAAUGGAUUGAGCAGAUUCUCCCUUUCUCUUUGCUUCUCUUGGUUGUUUUAAUACGCCAACAUUUACAAGGGUUUUUUGGGACCAUUUGGAUUUCUGCGGUCCUAUUUAAAUCAAAUGACAUUCUGCAAAAGCAAACUGCUUUGAAGGGAGAGAGGAAAUCAUUUGUUCUUAUCAGCAUCACUGUGAUCUUUAUGCUCCAUGUGGUUUUUAUUUACUGGUGGUAUCAAAAUGAUGAUCUUAUGCAUCCAUUGGUUUUGCUUCCUCCAAAGUCAGUCCCACCAUUCUGGCAUGCUUUGUUCAUCAUCUUGGUUAAUGAUUCUAUGGCACGGCAAGCGGGAAUGGUCUUCAAGUGUCUACUUUUAAUGUACUACAAGAACACUGGAGGUCAUAAUUAUCGGAAACAGGGUCAAAUGCUAACUCUGGUUGAGUACAUGCUACUGCUGUACCGUACUUUGUUGCCUACCCCUGUUUGGUAUCGGUUCUUUCUGAACAAAGAAUAUGGAAGUAUCUUUUCAUCAGUUACAGCAGGAUUGUACUUAACUUUCAAGCUUACAUCGGUCAUACAGAAGGUUCGUUUGGUGUUUGCUGCUUUAAGGGCGUUGUCUUGCAAAGAGGUGCAUUAUGGGUCAUCUGCAUCUACUGAGCAGGUGAGUGCUGCUGGAGAUCUUUGUGCCAUUUGUCAAGAAAAAAUGCACUCUCCGAUCGUGCUACGGUGUAAACACAUAUUUUGCGAAGAAUGUGUAUCAGAAUGGUUUGAUCGGGAGAGGACAUGCCCGUUAUGUAGAGCAGUUGUGAAGCCAGCAGACAUCAAAUCAUAUAGCGAUGGAUCUACAAGUCUCUUUUUCCAGUUCUUUUGAUACUAAACACCGACUGGAUCAUGUACAGCCCCCCGAUGCUCAUCAAAAUCAACCUUUGCUAUUGCUCCUGGGCGUUAACCUGAAUUUGAAUACAUUUUUUGAUCUUGGAUACAUGAGCGUGUAUGUAUGUAUGACUCAACUUAUCUCUUUCUGCAAAAGUUUCAAUUCAAGUAUACAAACAAAUCGGAAUUCCAGAA